GUAGCUUUGAUGGAUCUAAUUUAACGGAGUGUAGGAAAUACCUCAGGACUGAGAUGGAUUUCACUGAGAUCACCUGUUCAGAAUCCAUCAGGCUGGUGAACGGAGACAAUCAGUGUUCAGGCAGGCUGGAGGUGAAGUCUAACAACUCCUGGUCCAUAGUGUGUGAAGAUGACUUUGACCAGCAGGAUGCAGAGGUGGUCUGUAGGGAGCUGGACUGUGGGGCUCCUUCAUUCCUCCAGGGGGCGCUCUAUGGAGAAACAGAGGCUCCAGAGUGGAGCAGAGAGUUCCUCUGUGAAGGUCAUGAGUCUGUUCUCCUGAAAUGUAGAAGUUUACAGCUCACAAGAUGGACCUGUCCUCCUGGUAAAGCUGUGGAGAUCACCUGUUCAGAUCCUGAUCAGGUGAUCUAGAUUGGAUGAACCAGUCUUU